AUUUUAUAUUACCUUGUGUGUCUAAUUUGGUCCAUCCAGGAACUUAAGAGGAAACACGAGUGGUAAAAGGCAAGAGGGAAUACAUUACACAAAAGCCUAUUGAGAGCAUUAAACACGAGUGUACUACCAUCUAAGAGACGUGAGUAGAGUGUUGUGAGGUCCUGAAACCUUAAUAAUUUUUAUUGCACAUUUUUUUUCCUGUUGAAUUAUGGCUGGAGCAGGUGGUGGUGGUGACGAGUACCAUCAGUUGGACGGCGCUCAACGUCUGUUAGUGGAUGCGAUGAAUGCACAGAUGCAACGUUUGCUAGACCGUACCACAGAGGAGGUCUAUGGACGACUAGAAGCUUUGGAGAACCAAGCCAAUCAGAAUGCUAGACGAAAUAUAGAUGGGAAUAGAGGUAACAAUGGCGGUAAUGACGGACCGAGGCAGAACCGGGUUGAGGGAGUAAAGCUCAAUGUUCCUCCCUUCAAAGGUAGAAGUGAUCCAGAUGCCUACCUGGACUGGGAAAUGAAGACUGAGCACGUAUUUGCCUGCAAUGACUACACUGAUGCGCAGAAAGUCAAGCUAGCAGCAGCUGAAUUCUCCGACUAUGCCCUUGUUUGGUGGCAUAAAUACCAAAGAGAAAUGUUGAGAGAGGAACGGCGAGAGGUAGAUACAUGGACUGAGAUGAAAAGGGUGAUGAGAAAAAGGUAUGUGCCCACUAGCUAUAACAGAACCAUGCGACAGAAACUCCAAGGGCUGUCCCAAGGGAAUUUAACCGUGGAAGAAUAUUAUAAAGAGAUGGAAAUGGCGUUAGUGAGGGCCAACAUCGAAGAGGACUCCGAAGACACAAUGGCUCGUUUCCUGAAUGGUCUAAACCCUGAAAUCAGAGAUGUUGUUGAAUUACAGGAGUAUGUGGUGUUGGAUGACUUGUUACAUAGGGCGCUUCGGGUUGAACAGCAAAUUAAAAGAAAAAGUGCAACAAGGAGGAACUCACCCAAUACUUACAACCAAAACUGGGCCAACAGAUCCAAGAAGGAGGGAGGUAAUUCGUUCCGACCUGCAGCCACAUCCCCGUAUGGAAAGUCAGCAACACCCAGUGUAGGUGGAAGCAAACAUAACACCUCCACUUCCUCAUCCAAUACUGGAACCAGAAACAUAAAAUGUUUCAAGUGCUUAGGCAGAGGACAUAUUGCUUCUGAAUGUCCAACCAGGAGGACCAUGAUCAUGAAGGCUGAUGGAGAAAUCACUAGUGAGUCUGAAAUCAGUGAAGAAGAAGAGUAUGAGGAGGAAGCUAUGCAGGGUGAUAUGUUGAUGGUGAGAAGGCUGUUGGGAAAUCAAAUGCAGCCACUGGAUGACAAUCAAAGAGAAAAUAUUUUCCACACCAGAUGUGUAAUUAAUGGUAAGCUAUGCUCUUUAAUUGUUGAUGGAGGAAGCUGUACCAAUGUUGCAAGUUCCACAUUAGUGACCAAACUGAAUUUGGAAACUAAGCCCCAUCCUAGACCAUACAAACUUCAGUGGCUUAGUGAAGAUGAAGAGGUAAAAGUGACUCAACAGGUUGAGGUGUGUCUCACCAUUGGGCGAUAUAAUGACAAGGUGCUGUGUGAUGUGGUCCCAAUGGAAGCGACCCAUGUGCUGUUAGGAAGACCGUGGCAGUAUGAUACCAAGGCAGUGCAUGAUGGCUUCACCAACAAAAUCUCUUUCCAGCAAGCUGACAAGAAGAUUGUUCUCAAACCGUUAUCUCCUCAAGAGGUUUGUGAGGAUCAGAUAAAAAUGAGAGAAAAGAAAAAGAGUGAGACACUUGAGAGGAAGAAGAGUGAGACACUUGAGAAGGAAAAGAGAGGAAAGAAAAAGAGUGAAACACUUGAGAGGGAAAAGAGAGAAAACAAAAAGAGUGAAACACUUGAGGGCAAACAGCUUUAUUUAGCAACAAAAAGGGAGAUGAGGAGGGUGCUUUGUGCGAGACAACCCCUCUAUUUAUUGUUUUCUCAACGUCAGAUGUUGCAUGCUAACCCAAUUGAUGAAUUUAAAUUGCCUUCUAGUAUUCAAUCUCUUCUGCAGGAUUUUGAUGAUGUGUUUCCAGCAAGUGUACCAGAUGGUUUGCCACCAUUGAGGGGAAUUGAGCAUCACAUUGAUCUCAUUCCAGGAGCGUCCUUGCCCAAUCGGCCAGCUUAUAGGAGCAACCCACAAGAAACUAAGGAGAUCGAAAGGCAAGUAUCCGAACUCCUGAGCAAAGGUUGGGUGAGAGAUAGUAUGAGUCCGUGCGCUGUACCUGUCAUUCUAGUACCCAAGAAGGACGGCUCAUGGAGGAUGUGUUCUGAUUGUAGAGCCAUAAACAACAUCACCAUCAAGUAUAGGCACCCAAUCCCCAGGUUAGAUGAUCUUCUUGAUGAACUGUAUGGUGCAUGUGUGUUUUCUAAAAUUGAUUUGAAAAGUGGCUAUAAUCAGAUUAGAAUCAGAGAGGGAGAUGAAUGGAAAACUGCCUUUAAAACAAAAUAUGGUUUGUAUGAGUGGAUGGUUAUGCCAUUUGGUUUGACUAAUGCACCUAGUACUUUCAUGAGAUUGAUGAACCAUGUUUUAAGGGAAUUUAUUGGGAAAUUUGUGGUGGUGUACUUUGAUGAUAUUCUUAUCUAUAGCACUAGUCUUGAUUUGCAUGUUCAACAUUUGCAAUCUGUUUUAAGUGUGCUUAGGAAAGAAAAAUUGUAUGCCAACCUAGAAAAGUGCUCCUUUUGUACUGAUCAUGUGGUGUUUCUGGGUUUUGUUGUUAGUGCUGAGGGAGUACGGGUGGAUGUGGAAAAGGUUAAGGCCAUCCAAGAAUGGCCAACACCUAAGACCCUGAGUGAGGUGAGGGGAUUUCAUGGUUUAGCAAGUUUCUAUAGGAGAUUUGUUAAGGAUUUUAGUACAUUGGCUGCUCCUCUAACUGAAGUUGUCAAGAAGAAUGUG